AUGGUUUCUAAACUGUAUGGGGUACCCAAAUCAGCAAGUAAACUUGCCAACAAUGUCUUUGGUGGUACGAAACUUGGUGGCAUUGCUUCAAAUCCAAGUAAAAUUGCUAAGGGUCCAUCUAGCUUAAGUGGAGUUCCUGCGAAAUCGGUAAUUGGAUCUGCUCCAAGUGGAGUUCCUGCAAAAUCGGUAAUCGGAUCUGCUCCAGGUGGAGUUGGUGUGAAGUCAGUAAUUGGAUCUACUCCAAGUGGACUUGGUGAGAAAUUGGUACAGGAAUCUGCCCCAAGUGGACUUGGUGUGAAGUCGGUAAUUGGAUCUGCCCCAAGUAGACUUGGUAUGAAGUCAGCAAUUGGAUCUGCCCCAAGUGGACUUGGUGUGAAUUCAGUAAUGGGAUCUGUCCCAGGUGGACUUGGUGUGAAUUCAGUAAAGGGAUCUGCUCCAAGUGGAGUGAGCAUGAAUCCAGUAAUGGGAUCUGCCCCAGGUGGACUUGGUGUGAAGUCGGCAAUUGGAUCAGCCCCAAGUGGACUUGGUGUUAAUUCAGUAAUUGGAUCAGCCCCGAGUGGAGUGGGCAUAAAUCCGGUAAUGGGAUCUGCCCCAGGUGGACUUGGUGUGAAUUCAGUAAAGGGAUCAGCUCCAGGUGGAGUGGGUGUGAAAUCAGUAAUUGGGUCAGCCCCUAGUCUACCUGGUGUGAAGUCAGUAAUUGGAUCUGCCCCAAGUGGACUUGGUGUGAAUCCAGUAAUGGGAUCUGCCCCAGGUGGACUUGGUGUGAAGUCGGCAAUUGGAUCAGCCCCAAGUGGACUUGGUGUGAAUUCAAUAAUUGGAUCAGCCCCGAGUGGAGUGGGCAUGAAUCCGGUAAUGGGAUCUGCCCCAGGUGGACUUGGUGUGAAUUCAGUAAAGGGAUCAGCCCCAGGUGGAGUAGGUGUGAAUUCAGUAAUUGGGUCAGCCCCUAGUCUACCUGGUGUGAAGUCAGUAAUUGGAUCUGCCCCAAGUGGACUUGGUGUGAAUCCAGUAAUGGGAUCUGCCCCAGGUGGACUUGGUGUGAAGUCGGCAAUUGGAUCAGCCCCAAGUGGACUUGGUGUGAAUUCAAUAAUUGGAUCAGCCCCGAGUGGAGUGGGCAUGAAUCCGGUAAUGGGAUCUGCCCCAGGUGGACUUGGUGUGAAUUCAGUAAAGGGAUCAGCCCCAGGUGGAGUAGGUGUGAAUUCAGUAAUUGGGUCAGCCCCUAGUCUACCUGGUGUGAAGUCAGUAAUUGGAUCUGCCCCAAGUGGACUUGGUGUGAAUCCAGUAAUGGGAUCUGCCCCAGGUGGACUUGGUGUGAAGUCGGCAAUUGGAUCAGCCCCAAGUGGACUUGGUGUGAAUUCAAUAAUUGGAUCAGCCCCGAGUGGAGUGGGCAUGAAUCCGGUAAUGGGAUCUGCCCCAGGUGGACUUGGUGUGAAUUCAGUAAUGGGAUCUGCCCCAGGUGGAGUUGGUGUGAAUUCAGUAAUUGGGUCAGCCCCUAGUCUACCUGGUGUGAAGUCAGUAAUUGGAUCUGCCCCAAGUGGACUUGGUGUGAAUCCAGUAAUGGGAUCUGCCCCAGGUGGACUUGGUGUGAAGUCGGCAAUUGGAUCAGCCCCAAGUGGACUUGGUGUGAAUUCAAUAAUUGGAUCAGCCCCGAGUGGAGUGGGCAUGAAUCCGGUAAUGGGAUCUGCCCCAGGUGGACUUGGUGUGAAUUCAGUAAUGGGAUCUGCCCCAGGUGGACCAGGUGUGAAUUCAGUAAUUGGAUCUGCCCCAAGUGGACUUGGUGUGAAUUCAGUAAUGGGAUCUGCUCCAAGUGGAGACGGUGUGAAUUCAGUAAUUGGGUCAGCCCCUAGUCUACCUGGUGUGAAUUCAGUAAUUGGAUCUGCCCCAAGUGGACUUGGUGUGAAUUCAGUAAUGGGAUCUGCUCCAAGUGGAGACGGUGUGAAUUCAGUAAUUGGGUCAGCCCCAAGUGGACUUGGUGUGAAUUCAGUAAUGGGGUCUGUCCCAAGUGGACCAGGUGUGAAUUCAGUAAUGGGAUCUGCCCCAGGUGGACUUGGUGUCAAUUCUGUAAUGGCAUCAGUCCCAAGUGGACUUGGUGUGAAUUCAGUAAUGGGAUCUGCUCCAAGUGGAGACGGUGUGAAUUCAGUAAUUGGUUCUGCCCCAAGUGGACUCACUGCAAAUCCAGUAAUGGGAUCUGCCCCAAGUGGACUUGGCAUCAGUUCUCUAUUGGGGUCUGCCCCAAAUGGACUCGGUGUGAAUCCAGUAAUGGGAUCUGUCCCAAGUGGACUUGGCUUCAGUUCUGUAAAGGGAUCUGCCCCAAGUGGAGUGGGCUUGAAUUCAGUAACGGGAUCUGUCCCAGGUGGGCUUGGUGUCAAUUCUGUAAUGGGAUCUGCCCCAAGUGGACUUGGUGUGAAUCCAGUAAUGGGAUCUGCCCCAAAUGGACUUGGUGUGAAUUCAGUGAUUGGAUCUGCCCCAAGUGGAGUUGGAGUGAAUUCUUUGAUUGGAUCUGUCCCAAGUGGUGGUGGUGUGAAUUCAGUGAUUGGAUCUGCCCCAAGUGGAGCUGGAGUGAAUUCUUUGAUUGGAUCUGCCCCAAGUGGAGCUGGAGUGAAUCCAGUGAAGGGAUCUGGCACAAACGGAGUUGAUGUGAAUUCAGUAUCUGGGUUAGCUGGCUCCAAUUCUGCUGCCCCUGAAACAGGUGUCAGAAGCUCAUCUGACUACAGUACUCCUGGACCACUCAUUACUACAGAAAGAGGAUUCCACAUUCCAGAAGCAACUCCAAAAUACUCAGAAACAAAUACAAUUAUUGGUGAAGCUUCUACCUGGGGCAAAGGAGUAUAUAAAGCUUUCAAUGGCCGUGUCUUUUCCUUUAAGUCUUCAUGCAUGUAUACUUUCUGCCGUCACUGUGUGGAAUCUGGAGGAGAUUUCAACAUUGAGAUCAAACGAAACCGUAAUAGUGACAUUGAAAUAAUAGCAGUUGCAAUCGACAGUAAUGACAUCUCUAUUUCUGGUGAUCACAUUUUAGUUAAUGGAGAAAGGGUACACAUGCCAUAUGACAAUAAGUUGAUUCAUAUUAAAAAAUACGGAGAACAUAAUGUUCUGAAUAGCCGUAGAGGAGUCCUGUCUUUAAUGUGGGACAAGAAAAAGAGACUUUCACUCACUCUUCACAAGCAAUAUGCAACUUGUGGUCUUUGCGGGAACUUCAACAGCACUCCGGGAGAAAAUAUCAAUGAGCACAUUGCCAGGAGUAAAAUUCCUGGCAGUUGUCCAAAAGCUGUUCAUAAAACCUAUAAAGAUUGUGAAGAUGGCGUGCAGCAUUGUGACAAAAUUAUUAGAAGGUAUUUCGAGAAAUGUGGAAAGGUUGCCCCACUAGUCAGUGACUACAGAAUGAUCUGCAUCGAUGAAUACUGCCAAAAUAACGAUAAAAGAUCUACUUGUGACACUUACUCAGAAUUGUCCCGCCUCUGUGCCUCGGAUGGUCCAGGAGCCUACGAAUCCUGGAGAGACGAUUCCGAUGUAGUCUGUGAAAAGCCUAGAUGCCCAGAAAAACAUAUUUACAAAGAAUGUGGUCCCUCAAAUCCUGCAACUUGUUCGAAUGUGGCUCCUUUCCAAGACAGCGAAUGUGUGAGUGGCUGCACCUGCCCAGAAGGUUAUCUAUUGGACGAUAUUGGCAAAAAGGGGAGAUGUGUAUUAAAGGCCGAGUGUCCCUGUGAAUCUAAUGGAAAGAUCUAUCGGUCAGGAGAAGUUCGAGAAGGUCCCUGCGGUUCGCAAUGCACAUGUCAAGAAGCAAAGUGGUCUUGCACUGAAGCGUUGUGUCCUGGACGGUGUAAGGUGGAAGGAAGCUUGAUUACCACCUUUGAUGGUGUUAAAUACAACCAUCCUGGAAACUGUAACUUCUUGGCCAUUCAUGAUAAAGAAUGGUCCAUUAGCGUUGAGCUUCGUCCGUGUCCAAGUGGUCAGUCAGGAACGUGCUUAAAGAGUGUUACACUCCUCUUGAAUUCGUCUGUUUCAGUUGACAAAUAUGUAUUCAAUAGAGAUGGAACAGUCUCAAAUGAUAAGAUGAGAAAUCAAGUUUAUUAUUAUUCAGACCAAAUACAGAUCUUCAGAGUAUCUUCCUCAUACCUUCAAGUAGAAACGUACUUUCAUGUAAAAAUGCAAAUACAAAUUGUUCCUGUGAUGCAAUUAUAUAUUUCCAUGCCACAUAACCAGUUCACAGACACCGUAGGACUCUGUGGUUCCUACAACAACAAAGCGGAGGAUGAUUUCAUGUCAAGUCAUAAUAUCCUGGAGAAGACAUCUCAGGCAUUUGCCAAUUCUUGGGAAAUGACGCGCUGUCCUAAAGGAACCCCUGCUUCAUGUAUCAGCAUAGAAAAAGAGAGAUUCGCUGAGAAGCACUGUGGCAUCCUCCUCGAGUCCAGUGGGCCUUUCGCUUCCUGCCAUCCGAUUGUGAACCCUAAGCCGUACCAUGAGGAAUGCAAAAAAUAUACUUGCACUUGUGAAAACAGUCGGAAUUGCCUGUGUACAAUUUUAGGCAACUAUGUGAAAGCAUGUGCUGAGAAGGAAACAUACAUAGUGGGCUGGAGAACUGGACGUUGUGAUCACUCUUGUCCAAGUGGCCGAGUCUUCAAGUACAACGUAAAAGCCUGCAAUAGUUCUUGCCGAUCACUGUCAGAGAGAGAUAGGAGCUGUGAUGUACAGGACGUUCCCGUCGAUGGAUGCACUUGCCCUGAGGGCAUGUACAAGAAUAAUGAAGGGAAGUGUGUUCUAAGGUCUCACUGUGACUGCUACAUAAAUGACGAGGUCGUGAAACCAGGCAAACUCAUCAAUAUUGAUGACAACAAAUGUGUCUGUCGGGAUGGACUUCUUCUUUGCCAGACUCCCAUUGAUUUAACCCUACAGAACUGUUCGGGAGGGGCUGAAUAUGUUGACUGCAGGGAUCCAAAGUUACAGAGACGAGUUGAUAGCACAUGUAGCACACGGAACAUACCUAAUUUUGAUGAGAACUUGCCUUGCAAACGUGGGUGCUACUGUCCAGUAGGAAUGGUUCGAAAUUCAAAAGGGAACUGUGUCCUUCCUGACGACUGCCCGUGCUCUUUUGGUGGCCGAGAGUAUGACCAAGGAAGUGUCACCUCAGUUGGCUGCAACAAAUGCACAUGCAUAAAAGGAUCUUGGAGCUGUACACAGAAUGAAUGUCAAACCACCUGCCACAUCUAUGGGGAAGGUCAUGUCAGAACUUUUGAUGGGAAAAGUUACAGCUUUGAUGGCCUCUGUCAGUAUUCAUUUCUUGAGGAUUAUUGUGGUCGUGAAAAUGGCACAUUCCGUAUUUUAACUGAAAGCGUUCCAUGCUGUGAAGAUGGGCUUACAUGUUCAAGAAAAAUCGUAAUUACUUUCCAGGAUCAGAAUAUCGUCUUGCAUGAUGGUAAAGUAACGGCAAUAAAAACUACAGAUAAAGAAUGUGAACUCAACAGAAAUGCAUACUCUGUACAUACUGUUGGCCUCUACUUGAUUCUGAAGUUUUUAAGUGGACUAACCAUAAUUUGGGACAAAAAUACAAGAGUUUCUGUUAUAUUGGAUCCACGCUGGAAUGGCAAAGUGUGUGGUCUCUGUGGUAACAACAACGGCGACCUCAAGGACGACUUUACAACAAGAUACUCAUCCGUAGCUGCCGGAGCCCUGGAAUUCGGCAACAGCUGGAAGACAAGCCAAGAAUGUUCGGACACCGUCGCUCAGACCUUCCCGUGCGACUCAAACCCGUACUGCAAGGCCUGGGCCGUGCGCAAGUGCGAGAUCAUCCGGGACAGCACGUUCCGGGACUGCCACGGCAAGGUGGACCCCAACGCCUACUACGACGCCUGCAUCGAAGAGGCGUGCGCCUGCGACAUGGAGGGCAAGUACCUGGGCUUCUGCACGGCCGUGGCCAUGUACGCGGAGGCGUGCAGCGCGGUGGGCGUCUGCGUCACGUGGAGGAGGCCCGACCUCUGCCCGGUCUACUGUGAUUAUUAUAAUGCACCUGGGGAAUGCAGCUGGCAUUAUGAGCCUUGUGGCACAGUGACUGCAAAAACAUGCAAAGAUCGAGUUAUUGGUCAGAAAUUUUCUGCACUCUUGGAAGGAUGUUACGCCAAGUGUCCAGACAGCGCCCCCUAUCUGGACGAGAACACCAUGAAAUGCGUCAGUCUGUCUGAGUGCAGCUGCUUCUAUAAUGACAUCAUACCAGCAGGGGGCGUGAUCCAAGACAACUGUGGAAGAAUAUGCUAUUGCAUCGCGGGAGAGCUGGAGUGCAGCGAAACCGCUCCUACAAAUGCAACGUUUACAGUGUCUACUACAACCGCUACCUCCACAUUAAGCACUGAAGCAGCAAUGACACCGCUAACGACCAGCCCGACCACAGCUUCCAUCCCAGGGACUACAACACCAAGCAGCAAAACAGCAGGAACAACACCAAGUCCUCUCAGUCAACCUUUUACUACAGGCAUUGUUAGAACUCCGCUCCCCAUCACCUCCACGUUUGGAAGUCCAGGCACCACAGGAAUAAUGGGCACCAUCUUCACUAGUCCUUGGCACAUAACUGGGACAACUGGAGUAUCAGGCGCCACCACGGGAGGUGAAGAUGGAAGCACAGGUGACUUCACAACAGGGGCCCCACGAGUAUCAGAGAGCUUCACAGCAACACCUAGGAGCAAGAGGCCAAGCGGACGCUCAACCACGCCAGGCACCACCUCAGGAGGCACCGCAGGAACAACGGGAAGGGAAAAUGCAGCCACCACCGGAGCUGCCGGUGAAAACACUUCCGGAGCGCCAGGGACAAGAUCACAACCAGGAGGAUCAGAA